AUGAGUGCUUGGGCCUUCCCCACAGCCCUACUCCUGCUCGGCCUGACCUCUGAAAGCCUGCAAGGCGGGCUCCCUCCAUCAUCUCUGGGCCUGGGAAAAGGCUUAGGAGGCUCCAAUGGCUAUCGAUCAGGGUUCGGGAAUGGGCGUGGGCUGGGAGCCCAGCCAGGCCCUCCAGCUCAGAAUGGCUACGGAGCAGGCAUUGGAGGGGGCGCGAAGCCCCAGAAGCCGGGUGUCUCUCCAGGGUUUAGGAACGGGAACGGGCUGGGAGUCGAGACCCUCCCAGGCGCUGCUGCCCAGCCAGGGUACGGAAACGCGCUGGGAGCUGGUGCCUUCCCGGGGCUGGGAGCCCAGCUAGGAUUCGGGGCUCGAAAUGGUAUCGGCGCUGGGGCUUUUCCGGGAGCAGGAAUUGGAGGGGCCGUGAAACCUCAGAAGCCAGGACUCAGCGCUGGGAAUGGGUUGGGAGCUGGGGCCUUCCCCGGAGCUGGAGCCCAGCCAGGUCCCCAAGGUGACCUCCCCACCCCUUUUGUGAACCUACCCAGGCUGGAUAGAAGAAUUGGGGAGAGGGCAGGGGUCCAGGUCUCGCAGCUCCAGAUGGCUUUGGACCAGGUAGAGAGGGGACCAGCAGAAGUUGAGGGGGGAGGCCCGGAGGGGGCACUCCAGGGUCCCUCACCCGCCGGUUUCUCCUCAGGCUUUGGAGGGAUCGGGAAACCCCAAAAGCCAGGAUUCGGGACCAGGAAUGGAGCCCAGCCAGGCCCCCCGGCUCAGAAUGGCUACGGAGCAGGCUUUGGAGGGAGUGUGCAAACUCAGAAGCCAGGAUUUGGGGACGGGAAUGGACUGGGAGCUCAGCCAGGCUUCGUGGGGAACAUGAAACCCCAGAAGCCAGGGGAGUCCUACCCUGGCCUCAUCUCUCUCCAUGGACCCCCGGAAUCAGAGCCCCCCACCCCCUGCCUCCUCGCUCUAAGAUCUGGGCAUGGGCUGGGCGUGGGCCUCCCCGGGGCAGAGGACCCGGAGGGCCUGGCGGCCGGCACGAAGCCCCAAAAGCCAGGAUUUGGGAACGGCAACGGAUUGGGCGUCCAGCCGGGGCCUGCAGCUCCCGUUGGCUAUGGCCCAGGAGUUGCUGAGGCCAUGAAGCCUCAGAAGUCAGACCUGGGAGGGAGCGCGAGCCCUCUGAAGCCAGGAUACAUGCUGCCACUGGGGCACGGGCUGCAGCUCCUCCCAGGCCUUGGAACAGGUCUGAAACCUCAGAAGCCAGGAUAUGGCAACGGCAAUGGGCUGGGGGCCCAGCCAGGUCCCUGUAGUGGUGGGGUUCUUGCCAACCCUCCCACUCCAGGGAUCCCUUCUGAUAAAGGGGGUGGCUGGGGCCUAAAAUCCCAGCCACCUCUCCCAGGGCAGGAUGGCAAGUUCCCAGGGCACCAGUCCCCGAAUGGCUACGGACCAGGAGCAGGACUGGGCUUUGGUGGUGGCCUCAGGCCCCAGAAAGUCGGUUUGGGCUACGGCAAUGGUGGUCUGGGAGCCGGGUUCUUCCCUGAGGCCCGCCAACAGCCAGGGUUCCCAGGGGCCAAUGGCUUUCUGAACGGUCAGGCUGCGGGCCCGAGGGGCUUUCCCUGGCCCUUCCUCCGGGCCUGGGGGGCUGCCUUGAAGCCUAGAUAUGGGGUCGGAGGCACAUACCCAGAAGUCGGGAGCCAACCAGGAGGCCCUGAGGUGAAAAGAGGCAGCAACGGCCCCCUGGGAAAUGGCUUUGGAGGCUGCACUGGAGGCAACCCCGACCUGUGGGAGGAACAGAUAGUGGCUCUCAGGCCACCUGUCACCAGCGCACUGGCCUUUGAUUGGCUGGAGUGCGGCAGCGCACGACUCCGAUUGGCUGGGCCUCUCAGAGAGACGCUUGGCCACCUGCUGGAGGGACAAGGCCUCCGCGAGCUGCGCGCGAGGGGCCCUGGAGCCGCGGCUGUGGCCAAGCUGGCUGCCCCACUUCCCCGCUCCCGCUCGCAUCCGCGGCUGGCCCGCGCCCGCGUCCACUCGCGGCAGGGCCGGUCCCGCGUGUCGCUGUCCCUGACCCCGCCGCCGGCGCCGUCCCUGCCGCACCCGCCGUUGCCGGGACUCCCGCCGGGUUUGAGCCCCGCGCCGCCGCCGCCGCCCUCGGUGCUCGCCCUGGCCGAGCUGCCGCCGCUGCCUGCGCUCCCGCUGAGGCCCGCGCCGCCGGCUCCCUGGGGCCCAGGCGCCCACGUGGCGCUGCCAGAGCUGCCGCCUGAGGCCUGCGUGCCCGCGCCACCCGCCGCCGCGCUCGCCCUGCAGGACCUGCCGCGGCUCCCCGCGCCCGCGCCCCUGCCCGCGCACCUGCCACUGCCGCCGCUGCCAGAGGCCGCGGCCGCCGCCACUCCCGGUCCUGUGGGCGCGCGCGGCCGCCCGCCCCUCAUCGCCGAGCCGCCCCCGCAGCCGCUGCCGCCGCUGCCUGCACGGCCCUCGCCCUUCAACCUGCUGGCGCCCCCCGUGCCUCGAGACUCCUGGCCACUGCCCGCCUUACCCCCGCCGCUGCCGCCGCCGCCCCCGCCGUCCUACUUCUUCCUGUCGCCUCCCUGCUGA